CAUUUCAGCCACUCAAAUUUUAUCUUGGUUAGGUACUCUAGCUUCUGUUCUUUACACAUUUUUUUAUUGAUACUCAUAAUAGUCAUUUCUUCUAUCCUUUUUCUCAAUAUCUCUUUCAGUGAUUUUGAAGCUGUAUGAUCCGCCAUUGAAAGCUUUCAGGUCAUAACUGCAAAGGAAAGACGUGAGAAUGCAGUAGAUAUGGCUCAUGCAAGUGUGGCUUCUCUUAUGAGAACAAUAGAAUCGCUCUUGACAUCCAGUUCGCCGAUGCAAUCUCUAAUCUGUGAUCACAAAGAAGAACUUUGCGCUCUUCGUGAAAAAGUUAGUUCCCUGGAAGUAUUUCUCAAGAACUUUGAGAAAAACAAUGUUUUUGGAGAAAUGAUGGAUUUUGAAGUAGAGGUAAAAGAAGUUGCAAGUGCUGUUGAAUACACAAUUCAACUGAGACUAACAGAAACUGUACUGGGAGAAAAUAAAAGCAUCAUAGGAAUCAUUGGCUCAAUAAUUUUCAAAGGAAUCUCGAAUAUAUGGACACGCCGAAAGUUCCGUAAAAGCCUACAACAAUUAGCAAAGGACAUUGAUCAUGUCUGGAAAGAGUCAACAAAGAUUCAAGAUAAAGGCAAACAAGUAUCAAAGGAAUCAUUGGUUCAUGAUUUUUCGAGUUCAACAAAUGAUAUUCUGAAUGUUAACAAUAAUAUGGUUGGACGUGAUGAUCAAAUGAAACGAUUGUUAGAAGAUCUGACUGGAAGCUACUCUGGUGAACCCAAAGUCAUCCCGAUUGUCGGGAUGGGAGGCAUAGGUAAAACAACCUUGGCAAAAGAAGUUUACAAUCAUGAAUCAAUUCUACGUCGUUUUGAUGUUCGCGCCUGGGCUACUGUAUCUCAACCGCACAACAUAAAGGAAAUUUUGCUGAGCCUUCUGCAAUCGACGAUCAAAAUGGAUGACACGGUUAAGACAAAAGGUGAAGCAGAGCUAGAAGACAUGCUGCAGAAAAGUUUAAAGAAAAAGAGGUACUUAAUUGUCUUGGAUGAUAUCUGGAGCUGUGAAGUGUGGGAUGGCGUGAGACGAUGCUUUCCAACUGAAGACAAUGCAGGGAGUCGAAUAUUGUUGACUACCCGUAACAACGAAGUAGCUCGUGAUGCUGAUACAGAGAAUCUUUCUAUGCAGAUGAACUUCAUGGAUCAAGAUGAGAGUUGGAACCUUUUUAAAAGUGCAGCAUUUUCAAAUGAAGCGUUGUCAUUUGAGUUUGAGACUAUUGGGAAGAAAAUCACAGAGAAAUGUCACGGGUUACCACUAACUAUUGUCGUGGUUGCUGGACUUCUGAAAUCUAAAAGGGCAAUAGAAGAUUGGGAAAGUGUUUCCAAAGAUGUCACUUCAUUCAUCACAAAUGAUCCUGAUGAACAUUGUUCACGUGUGCUUGGGUUGAGUUACAAUCACUUGACUAGCGAUCUAAAAGCAUGUCUUCUGCAGUUCGGAGUUUUUGAAGAAGACAGUGAGAUACCAGCGAAGAAAUUGAUGAAAACAUGGAUGGCUGAGGGGUUCCUGAAGUUGGAAAAUGACUUGGAAGGAGAGGCUGAGAAGUGUUUGCAAGAGCUUAUCGAUAGAUGUCUAGUCCUCGUCUGCAAGAAAAGUCUAGAUGGAACAAAAAUUAGAUCAUGUAAGGUUCAUGAUCUAAUAUAUGACCUGUGCGUGAGAGAAAUUCAAAGGGAGAACAUUUUUAUCAUGAACGACAUUGUGCUUAGCGCAUCAGAUUCAGAAUCUCUAUAUGUCAGUAUGCAAAAAAUGCUGCCCUUUAAACGCGUGACUGGUGAUGAAAUUGAUUAUUGUCCCCAUGGUCUUUAUAGGGCUCUUCUUACCCCUGUACAUUGUCAGUUGAGAGAUAAUGACAACAACGAUCUUUUGAAACGAACCCAUUCUAUUUUCUCUUUUCAUCUUGAGGAUUCAUAUUAUUAUAUUCUCAAAUCAGAGCUUAUUCAUUUCAAAUUACUCAAAGUCUUGGAGUUGAGACACAUAGAGAUUGAUAGUUUCCCUCUACAGAUACUAAACCUCAUCUGGUUGAGGUACCUAUCAUUGCUCUGCCGUAACAAUUUAGACAUACCUCCAGAAAUUUGCAGGUUAUGGAAUCUGCAGACAUUCAUUGUUCAUUCCAGGCUUAGUCAAUUAGUUAAAAUAACUUGUCCAGAGGAAAUUUGGAAACUAAUCCAAUUAAGGCAUCUCAAACUCCCAAGAUUUUAUUUGCCAGAUUGCCCGAGUGGAUCUGUUGACAAAGAAAGGCACUUGGAUUUUUCAAAGUUACAAACUAUUUCUUACUUGUCUACACAUUGCACGAAGGAGGUUAUUAUGGGGAUUCAGAAUGUCAAGGAAUUAGGAAUCAGUGGAGGAAAUACGAUGGACUCUAAUGGUCUUCUCAACAAUCUUGUCCAUCUGCAGAAACUUGAAACAUUGAGUUUUAUAUUUUGCUUUGCCCAUUUUCCAGCAAGUGCAAAAGCUUUUCCAGCAACGCUCAAGAAGCUGAAGCUAAGACGUACUUCAUUAAGUUGGUCAAACUUGGACAUCAUAGCUGUGUUGCCUAACCUUGAGGUGCUGAAGCUGAUGUGCUUUGCUUCUUGUGGCGAAGAAUGGUAUCCAAAUGUCAGGGGAUUUACUCGAUUGAAGAUUUUGUUAAUUGAAGAUCGUUUUCUCAAGUACUGGAAAGCCACUGAUGACAAUUUUCCUGUCCUUGAGCACCUUGUGCUUAAAAAAUGCAGAUAUUUGAAAGAGAUACCCCUUGAGUUUGCAGAAAUCCACACACUACAACUGAUUGAGCUAAAAAGUUGUCUUCCCGAACUUGGGGAAUCUGCUGCAAGAAUUCAACAAGAACAAGAAGCGCUUGGAAACAACCCCGUGGGCGUUCGUAUCUCCUAUCCAUUAUAACACACAAGAAUGAGAAGGCUCGAGCAUAGCUUUUGGAAAAAAGUAGACAAGGAGAGGACGAGCAACAAGAGCAUUCAAUAUGGGGAGUUUGAUUCGAAAAGUUUAUGUUGUAGUGUCUUCUAGCUUGUUAAUUCUUAUUGUGCUGUACUUUUCCUCCUCCCAUGGAAUAAUUUAUAUUAUGAGAUCUGGAUGAUGAUUUAGUUUA